AUGGCAUUGCUCUUUGUGAAGACUGGUGAGAACAUUAAGCCAGUGGUGCUUAAGUCCGGCAGUGUGGUGUCGGCAAACCACUUGGAUGUGUGCGAGGCAUCUUCAUCGGAGGAGAUGAAGAGUGUGCUAAUGGGCUUGAAGAAAGAUGAGUUGCAUGACACUUUGAGCAUGUUGGGCUUGCGUGUCAAUCGCAAAAGCAUGACCAAGUCUGACAUCGUUGAGAUGAUUGUCUCUACUCACCACCAGCAGGUCGUCGCCAGAGCCAAUGCAAGAAAUGUCAUUGAUGCCCCUGCCAGCAGUUCGGAAGCACCUGCUACUCCAAGCCUUGCGAAGAGCCUUUCCUUGCGGGUGAAUGUCAUUGACAAGAGGGACACCCCCAACUCGCUGGACGGUGAUUCCUUUGAGAUUGACAUUGAGAACCAUGUGUCAAUUGAAACACUUGGAUUGUCAAUUCUUGAAGGGCUACGCACUGGAGACUACAACUUCAAGCGCCUUCUGUGCCACAAGGGGAAGUAUCUCACAGUGAGUAUGCAGUCGCUGGCAUCAAUCGGCAUGCAGGAUAAUGACAUCGUUGUGAUUGAGUUGCUCAAUCCUGAUGACCAGUUCUUUGUCAAGGUCAUGACAGGCGAAAUUGCUUCCAAGUCCAACAAGGGCGACUCUUUGGAGGAUGAGACCAGCAAGAGUGAAGCCGAGAGUGUGAGCAUCAGUGACUUCAUCCAGUUGGAUGAGGAUGGUGAGUAUCAGUUUGACAAGGCUUACCUUUGUGACCCCGGUGACUUUGACGAGGUCGAUGAGUAUGGACUCAAGAUUUGCCUGUCAGAGUAUCGUGGACGCAAACUCUUUGACAUUCAGGCAGAUGUGAAUGGCAAGGUUUCGGCAUUGAAGUCCAACAUCUGCAAACACAUCGCCGAGAAACAGCCCAACAACAAGAAGGUGCUGACAGAAGAUGACUUCUACUUGCUGACAGGCGACGUGGCUAUGGACGUCUACAAGAGCAUCAAAGAUUACAUGGAAGAGGACAGUGUGGAAAUGCAUGUGACAUUGCAUCUCCGUCUCCGCGGUGGUGGCAAAAUGGCAGUGAAGAAGCACAUGGUCAAGUUGAGCGGUUCAUCAACUACGACGGUGGCGGUGACUGACAUGGACGACUUCAAGAAGGCUUAUGACACUUGUUUGGAAAUCACCAAAGCCACUUGCAUCAACUUUGAGCAGGUCUUGAAGAUGGCAAGCGAGAAGAGCCUUCUUGACAUGAAGGAGUUUCUGAAGACAAAGUCCACUACAACCAUGAAGGUGCAUGGGCUAUGCGAGCACAUGGACUACUACAAGGUCAUCCACUCUUUGCAAGAGAAAUUGAUUUCAUCAACUGAAGCCCUUCGCACCUUGACCAAAAAGGACUUGGAUGAGCGCUACGGACACGACAUUGACAAAAUCAAAGAGGCAGUGAGCAAUGCUCAUGCUGUCAAGUUGGCAUUGGCACAGUUGCAGAAUGUGCAGAUGUCCGACUAG